AUCGAUCUGACCGUUCGAGGGUUCGUACGAAUAUAUAGCAGACCAAUCGAUCAGCGGGUUCAGUGUGCCUCGACGAUCAAUAAUGUAGAUCAGAUCCACUUCCGACACCAAGCAAGGACGACCCACUUGAGAUCACACACUGACACCAUGACUUCCUACGCUACGGACGACAAGGACAAGAUCUAUACCGAGCAUUCGGAGAAUGCGAUCAGCAGCGACCUCGAGUACCGGGGAGGACAGACCGGUAACGAGAAGCAGGACGCUCAGUACUUGGCCGACGCUAUCGAGGCGACCAAGGAGCAGAAGGACCAGGGAUUCAAGUCGGCUUUCAGUCAAUAUGGACCUGCCAUGUUGUGGAGUAUCGUUUUCUCGUCUGCCAUUAUUAUGGAGGGAUACGAUACCUUGCUCUUGGGUCAAUUCUACGCUCAGCCUGCCUUUGCCCGACGAUUCGGAAAGCUGAACCCUGUCAAGGGAAUUUACGAGAUUCCGACCAAAUGGCAGACCUCCCUCGGUGUCUCUACCCAGAUCGGAAACAUUCUGGGUCUUCAGAUCACCGGAUGGGCCUCUGAACGAUUCGGAUACAGGAUCACCAUGCUCGUCGCCCUCAUCUGUCUUACCGGGUUCCUCUUCAUCCAAUUCUUCGCUGCCAACCUCGGAAUGCUGCUCGCUGGUUACCUGUUGCUCGGAUUCCCUUGGGGUACUUUCCAAACUCUUACCGUUUCCUACGCUGCCGAUGUCAUGCCGGUACGACUGAGGCAAUACUUGACGACCUAUGUCAACCUUUGUUGGGUUAUCGGCCAGAUCAUCAGUUCCGGAGUCAACCGAGCCCUCGUCGGCAACGAGACCGAGUGGGCCUACAAGAUCCCCUUUGCCAUCCAAUGGGUCUGGGUCUUGCCUAUCGGACUCGGUAUCGCUUUCGCCCCGGAGAGCCCCUGGUGGUUGACCAAGAAGGGUCGAUUCGCCGAUGCCGAGAGGUCUUUGAUGCGAUUGACUUCGCGAGGCUCUGGAUUCACGGAGGAUGACGCCAAGAAGCAGGUCGCCAUGAUGGACCACACCAACCAGCUCGAGAUGGCCUCCACUUCCGGUGUGCAAUUUACCGACUGUUUCAAGGGUACCAACUUGCGACGAACCGAGAUUGCCUGUAUCGUCUGGUUGGUCCAGCAACUCUGUGGAAGUCCUCUCAUGGGUAACGCCACCUACUUCUUGAAGCAAGCCGGUCUCAGCGAGUCCACCGCCUCGACCCUCAACUUGAUCAUGUUCGCCAUCGGAGCUAUCGGUACCGUCUCUUCUUGGUGGCUCAUGCAGUUCGCCGGACGAAGGACCAUCUACCUCUGGGGUUCCGCCACUUUGAACGUCUUGAUGUUGGUCACCGGUGUCUUGGGAACGAUCAAGUCCAAGGGCGACGGCAAGAACUACGCGACGGGUGCCAUCCUCAUCCUCUUUACCGGACUUUACGAUCUCACCGUCGGACCCGUCUGUUACUCGCUCGUCGCCGAGAUCGGAUCGACCCGUCUUCGAGCCAAGACCGUCAUUCUCGCCCGAAACCUGUACAACAUCGGUGGAUUGGUCAUCAACAUCAUCAACCCGUACAUGCUGAACAGUACCGCUUGGAACUUGGCUGCCAAGUCGGGUUACGUCUGGUUCGGAACCGGUAUCCUCGGAACAAUCUGGGUCUUCUUCCGUCUCCCCGAGCCCGCUGGCAGGACCUACGGAGAGCUCGAUAUCCUCUUCGAGCGCAAGAUCCCCGCCCGUCUUUUCAGCAAGACCGAGGUCGACGAGUUCGAGGCCGCCGAGAGGGACGCCGCCAACAACGCUGCUGGAGGUGGACACGCUAUCGCUCACUAGAUCUCAGUGUUGCCAAAAGGCGGAAGUAAGGUGGAGGGAGUUUUUUUUUCUUUGGAAUGGAAGACCGCGGAUUCGAUUCAAGUGUCAAAUUUUGUACUCGCCCGUCAUAGGUUAUCGUCACAUCAGGUUAGGUUAGGUCAGGUUAGGUUAGGGAUUGCAAAAGGAUUGGAUACAAUUUGUACCAUACGAUAUUCGACCAUGUUAAUGCGAUAUCUAUGCUCACCUCAUGA